AUUAUAAACCCCAACCCCCACCCCCUCUCCCCUCUAUAUCAAUUUACUGUCACUCCCCAUCUCACCACCACAUUCUCUUGAUUCUUGAAAGAAGAAGAAUGGGUGUUUCUUCUAAUGAGAACAAUCAAGCUAGGAUGACUAAAUCAACAAAUGGUCAAGAAAUGGGAUACAGAGAAUUUGGAGUGGAGACGAGGAACAAUCGAAGAGCAUUGAGUGCAAUUAAUCAGAAUUUUAUUGGAGCUAAUCAGUACCCUUGUGUUGUUAACAAGAGAGGAUUAUCUGAUGCUAAUGAAAUCUGCAACAAGAAUCCUCCUAUUCCAGCUCAUAGACCAAUCACAAGGAAAUUUGCUGCACAAAUUGCUAGCUCACGACAGCAUUAUCAAGAGGAAACCAAGAAACCUAAAUUAGCAGCUGAAGGUUUUCAUGUAUGGGAGGAUGUACAUAUAAUAGAUGUGGAUGAAUAUGAGGCAGAAAAGGACCAACCUGUUCCAAUGUCUUUGGAACAAACUGAGACGAUAUUACAUGACAACAAGACUCAAAUGGAGAUUGAGAUGGAGGAUAUAUUUGAGGAGACGGCGAUAGAUAUUGACAGUGGUGACUUAAAGAAUCCACUUGCAGCUGUUGACUAUGUCCAAGAUCUGUAUGCUUACUACUCAAAAAUGGAAGUCUGCAGCUGUGUCUCGCCAGACUAUAUGGCACAACAGUCUGACGUAAACGAGAGGAUGAGAUCUAUACUAAUAGACUGGCUAAUUGAGGUACAUCACAAGUUCGAUCUCAGGGAAGAGACGUUAUUCUUAACUGUUAACUUAAUAGAUAGAUUUUUGGAGAAGCAAUCUGUUGUGAGAAAGAAGCUGCAGCUUGUUGGACUGGUUGCCACACUACUCGCGUGUAAAUAUGAGGAGGUUACUCUCCCUGUGGUGGAUGAUUUGGUGUUUAUUUCGGAUAAAGCAUACUCAAGGAAGGAGGUUCUUGAAAUGGAAAAAUUGAUGCUCAAUACACUCCAGUUUAAUAUGUCCGUUCCUACUCCAUAUGUUUUUAUGAGAAGAUUUCUCAAGGCUGCUCAAUCGGAUCGAAAGCUUGAGCUACUUUCGUUCUUCUUGAUUGAGCUUUGCCUCGUGGAAUACGAGAUGCUUAAAUUCCCACCAUCCUUUAUCGCUGCUGCUGCAAUCUUUACAGCUCAGUGCACACUUUAUGGUGUUAAACAAUGGAGCACGACUUGUGAGUUGCAUACAAAAUACUCAGAAGAUCAACUUCUGGAGUGCUCGAGAUUGAUCGUGGGAUUCCACCAAAGGGCAGCAACGGGGAAACUAACAGGGGUACAUAGAAAGUAUAACACGUCUAAAUCUGGUUAUGCAGCAAAAUGUGCGCCAGCUCAUUUUCUUCUUGAGCAGUGCCAAUAAGAGGAUGAACAUGUUUAGUUUUUACUAACUUUACGUGACAUCUUUAGUCGGGUCUCUAAUUUAUAUCAUAUGGUGAGCGUCUAAUGGAGUUACAGAACUUAAAAUAACUCGCAACUGCUGAAUUUGACAACUUUUUCGUAGAUUAGUUUAGGCUCAUUUGUGAACAACUUUGAGUUGUCCUGAAUUGUGUUUUUUUCUCUUUUUACAACUGUAAUAAAAUCAUUAGAUAUUUUAUUCAUAUUAAUGUUGUCUCCUUCUCA